AUUUUCUGCACAAAAAAUUUUGGACAUAACUGCUUUGUUUUUCGUUUCCCUUUUUCGGCCGCUGUGCUCUGCUCAACCGCGGCGGCGUUGUUCAUCUCCAUGACCACUGUGGCUUCGCUGUCUUUGAUGCCGCACUUGCUCAUUAAGCCUUCCUCCAGGUUCUGCGCCAGAAAGGGCGUUGGUAGAGAUGGUGGAAUCAAGGUGUAUGCAGUGCUCAGGGAAGAUGGAGCUGAAUUUGCAAAAAAUAACAACUUGGAAGCAUUGUUCCAUGUUGAUGACCCCGGGCCGAGGGUCCCAAUUAAGAAAGGGAAGUUCUUGGAUGUGAAUCAAGCUCUCGAGGUGGUCCGAUUCGACAUUCAGUACUGUGAUUGGAGGGCGCGGCAGGAUCUCCUCACCAUCAUGGUUCUUCAUAACAAGGUGGUAGAGGUUCUCAAUCCUUUAGCAAGAGAGUUCAAGUCAAUUGGAACCUUGAGGAAAGAGCUCGCUGAGUUACAGCAAGAACUGGCAAAAGCUCACAAUCAGGUUCAUCUAGUGGAAGCAAGAGUAUCAUCUGCACUUGAUAAGUUAGCACAAAUGGAGAUCCUGGUCAAUGACAGGUUGUUGCCCGACGGAAGCUCUAUUUCAUCCACAGCUGAGUCCACUUCCCUAGCUCCAAGUACAUCAUCCACGACCCGUGUCCGAGCCAAGAAACAACCACGUCGAGGCCUUAAUGUGUCUGGUCCAGCGAAGCCUUACAAUCCCAGCUUGAAGAACUUCUGGUACCCAGUUGCUUUCUCCAGUGAUCUGAAAGAGGAUACUAUGGUACCAAUAGAUUGUUUCGAAGAGCAGUGGGUGAUAUUCCGAGGAAAAGAUGGAAGGCCUGGAUGUGUUCAGAACACAUGUGCUCACAGAGCUUGCCCUCUUCAUCUUGGUUCGGUGAAUGAGGGUAGGAUCCAGUGUCCUUACCAUGGGUGGGAGUAUUCGACUGAUGGAAAAUGUGAAAAAAUGCCAUCAACAAGGAUGCUCAAUGUGCGCAUCCAGUCAUUGCCAUGCUUCGAGCAAGAAGGAAUGGUUUGGAUCUGGCCCGGGGAUGACCCACCAAAAUCCACCAUACCUUCUCUGUUGCCUCCUCCAGGAUUUACAGUUCAUGCAGAGAUAGUAAUGGAACUACCAGUAGAACACGGACUUCUUCUGGACAAUCUGUUAGACCUUGCUCAUGCUCCUUUUACCCAUACAUCCACCUUUGCUAAGGGUUGGAGUGUUCCAAGCCUGGUGAAGUUCUUAACACCUGUAUCUGGGCUCCAAGGGUACUGGGAUCCUUACCCCAUCGACAUGGAGUUCCGACCGCCAUGCAUGGUCUUGUCAACCAUCGGCAUCUCAAAGCCUGGAAAGCUAGAAGGGAAGAGCACCCAGCAAUGUUUGACGCAUCUCCACCAGCUCCAUGUUUGCUUACCCUCCUCUAGGAAUAAAACUAGGCUGUUGUAUCGGAUGUCUCUAGACUUCGCUCCCUGGCUCAAGCACAUACCGUUCAUGCACCUACUGUGGUCACAUUUCGCAGAGAAGGUCUUGAAUGAGGACCUGCGGCUUGUUCUUGGGCAGCAAGAACGAAUGAUCAACGGUGCCAACGUCUGGAACUGGCCGGUAUCAUAUGACAAGCUUGGCAUACGGUAUCGGUUAUGGAGGGACACUGUCGAGAGAGGCUCUGACCGAUUGCCAUUCAGCAACCAAGUUGAGAGUGGAUCAUAGUCUGUGGAUUUCUUCACCUGUAGUCUCUUUCUCGUCGCAUUUCUUCGCGAUAUGGUGGCCAGAAUUAGCCAGUGGAUUUAUAUGCGCAAUUUAUCUAGGCAUGCAUCUCUGCGCAGUUCAUUGUUUGCCUGCGAUUGCUACAUCUUGAAGGAUUCUGGAAAGGAAGGCCACCGGAGAGGAUGAUGGGCAACAUCAUUGUGUAAUCUUAAAAUGUACACUAGCGACAGCAUCACCGGAUGCAAUUGUAAUCUGAGGUUGAUCUGUUUUCUUUCUUUCUUUUCCACCCUUUUAUGUACCGAGUCUGCGAAUGUUACUCUGUAAAAGCAUAUAUAAUCAUACUGUGAACUACGGAGACAGGUUCAUCUGAGAAAUGGAUAAUUCCUGUAGCAACAGGUUCCGUUUUAUGUGCUA